UUGAACGUUUUAGUCACAUGAAGAAUCACGAGACUCCUGGGGCGUACUGCGCAUGUGCAGCAUUUGCUUACUCGCAAAAAAGCAGAGAUGUUGCGAAUCUCCAGCUGCUGAAACAGUAGAAGAAGAAAUGACGACAGCGGCUCUGACUGCGGGUCUGGAGCGGAUCCCGGAUCAGCUCGGGUACCUGGUCAUCAGUGAGGACGGAGUUCUGGCUUCAGCAGGUGAGCUGGAGAACGAUGAACAAACGGCAGCUGUGAUGAUGCAGAUGGUUCGAACAGCAAGUCGAUUUAAGUUACCUGGAUCAGCUGAGCCGCCCUUCAAACGCAUGUCAGUGACUCUGGAGGAUUUCGUUUACAUGGUGACGGUCUCGGGUCAGAAAGUAUUUGUGGUCAAACGUCAGAACAACCAGCACGAACCAAUCAGCACUUAGGGGUCGUUGCUUCGUCUUCAGUGCUAACUCCUCCUAGUUCUUUGAAUGUUUUUAACUGAAUAAAAUGAUUUAAACUGAAA